AUGAUCCAUACUCCCGAAGCGGCUCCCGGGCGCGCAGCCCUCUCCCCUCGCCCUGCAGCGCGCCCCUCGCCGGUUGUACGACCCCCUGCCCUGCGCUCGGGGAGCCGAGCCUGGCUGCCGAGGCCGGGAGCCCCGCGGGCCCGCAGCCCCUGGGGAGGGGGCACCAGGCGCAGAGGCGCAGGGAGGGCGAAGCCAUGGAGUGGGCCCGACCCAGGGCGACGGGCAUGCGGAGACUGGGCCACAUGCGGACAGGGCGCGCGGUACCGAGGGAUGUUAAAGUCCCGGACGCGGGGUAGCCCUGGGCACUGUGCGUGGGGCGCGAGUGGAGGCCCGGACGCCAACUGCGGCCGGGAUGGCGGGCGCCCGCCCCGCAGCCCGGGGAGCGCACACCGGGCAGUGCCGCGGCGGAGGACUGGGGAGGACGGCGCGGGCGAGAGCGGCCGCCGGGCCGCGCUGCGACGGCGGGAAGCCCCAGCCGGCGCGGGAGCCAGCGCGGAGGAUGCGGCCGGGCUGCAGGGCAAGGCGCGGGGCGGCGCUGCGGCCCGCAGUGGGCCCCGCUGCCCUCCCGAGAGCGCCCGGCGCGAUGCAGCAACUUCACUUAGCCACGGGGCUGCGGGGGCCCGGCCCGCGCCCACCCCUCCCCCGGGGCAGCCGCUCGGCCCGGAGCCAAGCAGCGAAGCGGCCAGGACUGAGGAGUCCGACCGGCCGCAACCCGCACUCACCCGUCCGCGAUUCCGCCGCCGGCCCCGGAGCUGCGCUCCGAGCUCCAUGGUCCCACCGCGCCGCGGCCGCCCGGCGCCCCCGCCCCGCAGCACACCGCACGCAGCGGCGCCAGCGACGCCGCCUCCGGCCCGGCCACGGCCGCGGCCACGCCCCCUCUCGGCUGGGGGCCCGGCCGGAGCAAGAGGGGGACUCAGCGCCGGCUCCACCAACCAGAGGCCUCUCACCAAGCCGCUUCAUCAGGAUUGGCGAGCGCCUCAGCCAAUGGGAAAACGGAAGGAGCGCGGAGCGUCGGCGCCGAAGGGCGGGGGAUUGCGGAGGAGGUGGCUCUCACGAUCGGUCCUCCGCCCCUCAUUCCGGCUGAGGCUUUGGCCCUAG